AUGAAUUUACUUAAUUCUGCUACUAGCUUAUCUAAACCUUCUUUCCUUUACAAUCAUACUGAAGGUCUAUUUAAAUCACUAUUCCUCCAAAUACUCUUCUUAUCUUUUAGUAUUUUAAUCUAUCUUAAAACGGCAAUCAUUCUAUUUUGGAUUGCAUUAGUAUAUUUUGGAGCUAAUUCUUGUUUCUUACUAGUUAUGAUCUUUAUCAAUCUUUCGACUGAUUCUAAACGUAGAGCAGUUAAACCACCUAUUCCGCCUAAAACUAAAAAACCCCUGGAAAGUAAGUUCUAUCCUACGGGUGAGAUAAGUAAUCCGACUGAAGAACCAAGUAAGAAUAAGUUCAAUCUACAACUGUCAUUUCGGAAACGCAAUAAGAAAAUCAGUCCGCCUAUCCAGCAGAUCAUUAAAAAGUACAGUGAGUACAAAAGUACUUUCUAUCUAACUAAGGAACUAGAGAAACAGUUUAAAACUUGGGUUCAUGUUAAUAUUGUGAUACCAGCAGCUAAAGAGGGUAGUAAUGUCUCUAGUACGACCGGGUGGGUGGCUAAGCCAUUGACUAAGCAGGAAAUGGACGAUCUUAAGUUAAUGGCUAAUAAUGGGUUUAUUUGUUAUGAUAAGGAGAACGAGUUGCACGGCCGGGCUCUUUUUAAGACUUUAUACAACUACUUCAAUACUAUUAUGCCAGGCGGAGGGUCUUACUAUGCUAAUCCAAUGGAUGAGUUUGUUUUUGAGGAUAUUCACAAUACUAAGUUUAGUGCGUUUGGAUUACUAGUUGAGGAUACGGAGUCUUUAUUAGAGAGGAAGAAGAUGUUCAAUGUGUAUUUCAUGAAUGGCCAGACUUUUUAUGAUACAGAAGGUGAUACAAUCUUAUCUUUUCUUCUUUUGUUAAUUCAUGCUAAUAUCACGACUGGUCGUUAUCUCGGUUCAUUAUCACUACGAAAUAUAGACUUCCUACCCUGUCCCAAGAUAUAA